AGAUUUUUUAUUUUUAUUUUUUUAUGUUUAUGAAGUUUAUAAGUUGUGAUAAAAAUGUUUAUGAAACAAAGUGAUGAGGUAUCUUGUUGAAAAAAACAUUUUGUUGAUUUGUCAUGUUUAAAUCAAAUUGAAUUGCAGUGUUGAGCAAUUAGUUAAUCAUGAGCUCACCAUUGAGUACCCUCAGAAAAGGAAGAAGACUUUCUCUAAAAGCAGGAUUUGGAAGUACACCAUUUCAUUCAGAUAUAAAAGUUCUUGAUAAAGAAUUAAGCAAUACUUGUAAAAACCCAAAAGUAUUAGAUCAUGAAUUAAUGGUGUUGAUGACAUCAAGGCUAACAAUACUUGAAAGAAAACUUGUAGAAGCUCAGCAACUAAAUAUGGAAAAAGACAGGCAAAUCAAGGUUCUUGAAGAAAAAUGUUUUCGAUAUGAAAAAUCAGAAGUAGCAACACAAAGUCAACAAACAGACAGUGAACUAAAAACAAAGUGUUAUAGACUUCAGAAACAAGUGCAUGAUAUGGAGGCAUUCCUGGAAGAUUAUGGAAUGAUAUGGUGUGGAGACAGUGAAAAUGGGGAUAAUAACGAAAAUAAAGAUAUUAUUCAGAUAAAGAGGAAAAGUUAUCAGGAAAAACUAAGGAAUAAAACAAAUGUUUUCAAGAUGGAUUUUGAUCUCGUGGUUAAUAAUAUAGAAAAGCUAAAUUGGCUUGCUGGUGAAGGUGAACAUUAUAUAAAACAUACAAAAGAUGGAGCAAAACUCCAGAUAAAAGAACCAGUUUCCUUAACUCUGUAUAAUAAUGGUAUUGUCAUGUUUGCUGGUCCUUUUAGGCCAUACUCUGAGUCAACUACCCAGGUUUGUAUGAAAGAUAUUAUGGAUGGGUAUUUUCCUACUGAAUUAAAAACAAUGUAUCCAAAUGGUGUGCUUUUUCAGGUUAUUGAUAAGCGUGAUACAUUAUACAAAAACAAAAAUCUUGAAAAGAUUUUUCCAGGAGUUGGACUAACUUUGAGUCCUGAUAAAGUUAAAAGUGAAAAUAGAAAAGUAGAAUAUGAUCACAACAAUGGCAAUAAAGAAAGUGUAGAAAAAUUUCUUUCGAAGCUCCCUAUAUGUAAAAUAGAAGCAGGUCGAGUUAUUGAUGUAAGAUUAGGAAUAAAAGAUAUGUUAAAGCCUGCCAGUUCAAAUAACGUCCUUGUAGAAAGAGAUCUUUGUGAAGAAAUAAAAUUCAGGCCUAGUUCUUCUGGGAAACGAUCAAAUUAUUCUAAUGUGACUACUUUGAGAAUCAAGUCUGAAACUGGUGAUCAGACGUACCUAUUAAGGAUGCGCUACGAUCAAACUGUCGGAGAUGUGUAUCGCUAUCUUGAUUCAAUCAGAAACCAUCAAAGCUUGUAUCAGUUAAAAUCGUCAUUUCCAAACAAAACUUUUACCGAUUUCGAUAUUACUUUGAAAGAUUGCGGACUGGUUCCGAAUGCAACUUUACAUAUUCAAGAAAGUCGUACUAACAACGGCGUUUCUUAGAACUUUACAUAUUUGAGAACCUCGUUAAAAACACGUCGCAAUGUUUUUUAAAUUCAACUCUUUUAAAAAAUUAUUCUGUUUAUUUUUUAAAUAGUUAUUAUUUUAAUAUUAAAAUAAGUUAUUUAAUAUAUUGAUGCAUUAUUUGUAUUAUAUUUCUUUAUGUUGCUGUGAACCAACUGUUUACAUAUGUAUAUGUUAC